AUGACGGGUUAUAAAGUCUUGCUCGACGCACACUUACCUGCGAUCACACCACAAUCAAGAGCAAGUCUUAUGCACUCCACCAGAAUCAUUCGACCCCAAGCAUCAAGGAUCAUCCUCAGAUCACCACCUUCAACAAUCAGGAACAUGUCUUUCCUCUUCCCAAGAAUUGCCUACGCCCCUGUGCGAUGCGGGCCAGUCCGCCAUGAGUUCGCUCCUCUCCUCAGCCUCUUUGACGACACCUUCAAUGAGAUUCAGAAAGCCAGCCGACAAGCUCGGAAGCAGUUCACACCUCGCUUCGAUCUGAAAGAGACCGAGGAGGCUUACUCGCUUGAGGGCGAACUUCCUGGUAUCGACCAAAGAGAUCUCGACAUCGAGUUCACUGAUGAACACACUCUGACCAUCAAGGGCCGGACGGAACGUCACGUCGAGUCCGGUCGACGCCCUCAAGCUUCCGUCGAAGGCGAGGAAAAGGCUGCCAUCGGGGGAGCUCCAGCUUCGGAAACUAGCAGCGUCAAGUCUCACCAACCCACUGUUGAAGAUGAAGAGCCAGCCAACUCAUCUGCUGCUGGUAACGAGACCACCACCGUUGCAGCGCCGACCCCAGCACCUGCGUCAGAACAAGCCAAGACCGAACCAGAACAACCACAACAACCACAACAGCAAUACUGGAUCUCUGAGCGCUCAGUCGGCGAGUUUUCGCGCAGCUUCAAUUUCCCAGCACGUGUCAACCAAAACGCAGUGCGGGCUUCUCUGAAGAAUGGUAUCCUCAGCAUCGUGGUCCCCAAGGCUCCAGCGCCAGAGAGCAGACGCAUCAAUAUCGAGUAA